GGGUGUUUCUAAUGAAGCGUAUAUGGGAGGGACGGUAAAUUUGACAUUGUUUUCUCUUCUGACUGUCUUUUUUGAAUUCAUUUUGGUGUUUCGAAACAGCUCACCAGUGCAAACUUUCUGGAAAACUUAAAGCUGACUGUUAAACACCUUUGAACAGCCAUUGGUCCAUAGCAGUUUGGUUUUUUGUUUUGUUUUGUUUUUUCAAAUGUGAUGUAAUUUCUAACAAAAGCUGGUCAAACAUAGUGUUCAAAGUUCUUAUUGGUUCAUCAAAACAACUCGCCAACACAAGAUUGUGGAAAAUUUCAAGCUGACUAUUAAACACAUUUGAACUGCCAUUGGUCUGUUUCAUUGACCAUUCAUUGAUUUCAUUGGUCUGACUCAUGUUUUUUCUAAAAAAAAUAAAUAAAUAAAAAUUCUCACAUGGAGGGCCGAAUUGCAGAGCUGGUGCAAAUAUAUCCACAUCUCUAUGAUCACUCAUAUACAGCCUUUAAAGAUUAAAGAUGACCUAGAAUUCCUGGAAAUGUCUGCAGUUUUGUUGUGUGUUUGUUGUAUAUUUAAGAGGACAGUGUGCAUCACAUAUUUAAAUAUUAAUACCAGCAUGUCAGAAUGUUUGCAAAUGGCUUUGUACCCCUGAGUGAAGAAAGUAUAUUGGAGACUUUAGGCUUCAUUCAAAAACAUUUCAGUCAAACUUGUAGUGUGGAUAUCACUCUCACCCUUCUCACUUUCUCCAUCUCUCUGCAGUCGGUGGAUGAGAUGUGGCAGCACUGUGCGGUGCGGUUAACCGAUGCUGUUCAGUACGUGGUGGAAUUUGCUAAACGUAUCCCAGGAUUCCGUCAGCUUUGUCAGAAUGAUCAAAUUGCUCUCCUCAAGAGUGGGUCCAUGGAAGUGGUUCUGGUCCGGAUGAGUCGGAUGUUUAACACAGAAAACAACACAGUAUUCUUUGACGGCAAAUUUGCAGGAACAGAACUUUUCAAAUCCCUCGCAUGUGGCGAUCUAAUAGCUACUGUAUUUGACUUUGCUCACAACCUGUGUGCGCUGAGACUGACUGAACAGCAGAUGGCAGUGUUCACUGCACUGGUCCUCCUCAAUGCAGAUCGACCGUGUCUGGAAGACAGAGAACGAGUGCAGAGAGUCAGGAGAGACGUGGAGCUUGCCCUCAGUCACACUCUGCACAGAGACAAUCAGGAGAGUCUACUGCAUAAGCUGUAUCAAAGAGUCCCGGUGCUGAAGUCUUUGUGUGCGCUGCACAUUGAGAAACUACGAUGGUUCCGGCAGCUUUACCCUCUCACGGUGCAUUCCCUCUUCCCUCCGCUAUACAAAGAGCUGUUCGGCUCUGACACAGAUACACAAUCGCUGACUACUCAUUGAACACACACAGGCAUAUUUCAUUUGCAAAUGUAGACACCACACACACAAUACACACACCCACAGUUACAUAUAGUGUAUGCAAUCUAGAUCUAAAUAUGUUAUUUACCUGCUGAAGAAAUUAAAUAUAUUUUUGUAACUCUCAGAAGAACAGAAAAUAAUAUUAACAGAAGUAUGCAGUAUUUUGUGCGAAUUCUAUUCUGUAGGCCAAAAGCAAAAUGUUACUACAAAUGCUAUUCAGUUUGAGUAUUCUUAAACUUGUUUUUGUCUGACGAUGUAUUUUAAUGUUUUUGAAGUUGUUGAUGAUCCUAGCUUGUAUAACAGAGCUUCAGCUCUGAUCAUUAUUAUGUGAUUUAUAGAGCUGAUCAGUUUUGAGACCAGCAAACAGCAGAUUACAAAUGCAGUUCUCAAAGCAUUGUUGUAGAAGGAACUGGUACUGUGGAUAAUUUUCAAGCUUCAUUUACAACAUUAGAGUCCGCUUCUGUCCUCCUUGAUUUCUCAGGUAGUACAGACAGAGACGUGAAUGCUUAAUGACUUCUGCUACUCAUAGCCUAUUACAUUAUUGCAUUAAUUUAAAUAUGCUCUAUUUUGACACCUUACGUAUCAGCUUUUUUUGUACUCCCCUGCUGUUAAAGCUUGUCUCGGCACUUAUAAUGCUUAUCUUUCAUUCAUGGAUCAUGUUCUUGAAUUCACCAUUCCCUUCAAACAGACCAUCUUAAGAUGUGUCUUUGGAUUUUCUCUGUGUAUUCAAUCAUUUGAAGAAUUAUCAUACAGAUUUGACAAUAUUUAUGCUCAAAGGUCUAAAAAUGUAUAGACUACUUCUAUGGAAUAAAAUAUAAUGCUGUUAUUCAAUAUGUUUGUGUAGACACUUAGAUUGACAACAGUUCUAUUUUGUCUUAAUUGCACAGUUUAAUUUUUGGAAAUCUAUAAACAAAUGCCCAUCUGUUUAUUUGCAGGAGUCUGUGUGCUUUAUAAAUCUGUGUUUAUCAAAAGUCUCUGUGCAUUUUCUGUAAACGUUCUAGUUUUUAUUUUUUUUAUUUUUGGUGCAGUUUCUGUUCCAUGUUGUAUUUUGCGUCAACUUUAACUUAUCACUCACACAGUGGAUGAAGCCCUGUUAUUCUUUUGGUUUUGUUCUGUUUUGGAGCAUAAAUACUUGUUUGCUAUCUGUUGUGUUGCUUUGCAGAAAAGGCCUCAAAUAAACUUCUGAAAAGUAUAAAGGCUGGAACUGUAUCCAGGAAAAAUAUAAAGUGUUUUCCCGUUCCUGACUGUUUUACUGACUCACACAGAUGUCAUACAG